AUGAGCUACAAAUGCAUCUUGAAAAGCCUGGCACUACAAGGAACCAUCAUUAGCGAGAGACAUUUAAACAGGAUAUUGAGAGCCAGGUUACUUUAUCGGCGAAGGUACGACUUGGACACCGGGAUAGAUUUCAUUGUUGACCAACUGCAAGGACCCGGAAAGGAUCACGGUUACAGGUGGAUGUUUACAAAGUGUAAACAACAUGGUAUUUCUAUAAGAAAAGAAGACGUGAGGAUCCUCCUCUCUCUACUGGACCCAGUCGGCUCCCAAGUUCGCCAGAGCAGGCGUCUCAGAAGGAGGCAAUAUUUUGCUGAAGGACCUAAUUUUGUGUGGCACAUAGACUCAUAUGACAAACUGAAGCCAUAUGGGAUAUGCAUUAAUGGCUGCAUCGACGGGUUCUCACGCAGCAUCAUUUGGUUGCGGGCCGCCCACACUAACAGCGACCCAAAAAUUAUUGGGGGGUACUUUGUGGAAGCUGUGGAGCGCCGUGGGGGGCUUCCCAAGCUCGUGCGAACUGACAUGGGCACUGAAAACGUUUUGGUCCGAGACCUUCAGCGUCAUUUACGGAGAAAUGACGUGGAUGACAGAGCAGCUGAUAAAAGCUACAUCACAGGAGCAAGUACAGCGAACCAGAGGAUUGAGAGCUGGUGGGGAGUGAUGAGAAAAGAAGGAAUCGAAGCCUGGAUUCAGCUUCUUGGAGAACUAAAGGAUGAAGGAUUCUUCUCUGGGGAUUUCAUUGAUAAAGCUCUAUCACAGUUCUGCUUCAUGACAAUCAUUCAGGAGGUAUUGAAUGACAUCCAGGAUGUUUGGAAUGCUCACCGUAUACGGCCCUCCAAGAACACCAAUGUGCCAAGCGGGAUACCUGAUGUUAUGUACAUGGCCCCUCACCUUUGGGGUGCAGAAGACUGUCUUGUUCCACUGACUGAAGAUUUUACUUCAUGUAAAGACAGCUGCACAUUUGUCAGUUCAGUCCCAUGUGAUGUGGACGUGUUUGAUUUGUGCACAAUAAUAAUGCAGGAAUCAGGCUUGGAGUUCCCAUCUACCAUGUCCCAGGCACUUGAUAUGUAUUUCCAUCUGAGGGACACGAUUCGUCCACAGUUAUUUGAGGCUAUUUAAAUGGGCAACAGCUUACAAACUGUGUAGUACAUUUGGUACUUCAGUACGUUUUUUCCGCAUAAUGUACAUGUUACUUUUCAAGUGUGUGGUUAUCUUUUGUCUUUGUACUAUAAUGAUAAAAAAAGAAUAUAACUCUUUUCAGUUUUAGAAAUCUGCAGUAAUUAAGCUCAUUAAGAAAUUAUAGCUAUUGUUAGCUAGAAAAUAAGAAAUAUUUGACUCAAAUAAUUGUACAAGUUAGACAAAAUGAAUUUUCAUGGGCUGGAGUUAUUACCUUUCAAUUAAUAUUGGUCAUAUUGGUUAAUGGUGGUCAUGUUUUUUGCUUUAGGAUAAAGUAGAAACAAAAUUAAUCUCACCUCUUACUGGCAUCCCCUGAAUGAUAACAUGUAUCCAUAUCUAACAAGGAGAAUAGCACCAUGGACAGCAACCACGGAGACUGCGAAUAUCACAUGUCUGUUUUGAUAAAUUGACAAGAACAAGUAGGCUACUGUGUUUGUAUAACUUACGCUCCAUAUUUUUCCUGACACUUUCAUUUUGUGGAAGAGAUUAAAAC